ACAAGGCACACAAUGCGCCGUUUUCCCCACCGCAACUAAAAGGCUUCACAAUGGCCACAUUGACCGAUGGUAUCGACAACAAUAAUGAUAAAGACCUAGAGUACUACGGUAUCGAAAUCGAGCCGGAAGUAGUCUUGCCCAACUUCAAUGACGUACACAAAACGGGAGCCAGGACCAUUCUUGGGAUCAUCGAUCGGAAUCUUCCUAAGGAGUUACUCUGGCGUAGCCAUGUUCUCCUCGGAACCUACAAGUUUGGCUUUGAAGAGCUUCAGCUCUGCGUCAAAGUUGACCUCGCAAAUGCUUCGCGCCCAAUCAUGACACAUGUCGACAAUUACUUCGAGAUGGCACGGAGAAACAUCGACGGAAUUAGGGACUCGCUUCGACAGUCAGUGACAGAAGAGCUUACAGUGUGCGGGGAUAGUCUCACAGCAUUCAGUGCAGGGCUUAUAGUUCUCCGCCUGCUUGAAGAAACUACGAGCUACAUUCGGGAAUACCGAAAGUUUGGUGGCGCGGCUGCUGGGAAGAGCACGGGAAAGUACUGGGAUCUCAACACGACCACGAAUAUCGCGCCUCUCCUAGAUCACAAAUUAGGGAUGCUAGGAGUUGACCUAGACACUGUUCAAGGAGCUGCAACUUCCAUUCUCGGAAAAACCCCUUCUCAGAUUUGUAACGACAUCCUCCCAGACUGGCGCAUAUUGCAUUGUGAGAACAUCCUACGUAACGACCUAAGAACUAAGUUUCUCCAAUAUCAAGCAGAGCUGCGCCGGGAACUUAUGGCACUGGACGUCGAGCAUCUCAAAGCUUGCGUCCCCCGUCAACAUCAAAGAGCGAAGGGAGAAGGUACCUCUGCGAAAGAGCAGAUUAUCGAAUAUCUCACGAAGCCUCGAAUUGCGUUCCACGGAACGAGGAGAGAAGUCGUCCCUUGUAUUGUUCAGCACGGUUUUUUAAAACCCGGAAGUCCUCAUCCUUUGACAAAGAAACCUCUUAGUAUAGUCAACGGAGCAGCAUACGGUCAAGGCAUUUAUUGCUCACCAGAAGCCUGGUAUGCAUUCUUGUACAGUUCCGGUCAGGAGACCGCGCUUGUUGAACUUCCAGGUCGUAAGCUGCUUGUUUGUGCGGUAAUCACGGGUCGUACGGCGAUGGUAACACAAGGAUGUAACUGGUGGGACAAAAGCAAGCCCUUUCCUGGAGCCGACAGUAAUGUCAAUCCCAGUGGAUUAGCCUACAUUCUUUUCAACAAUGCGCAGAUACUCCCUUGCUAUGUCCUCCAUCUAGACUGGGCACAGAAGAACCAGGAUGCGGUCUGGGACUACGUUUCGCAAAUCUCCAAUCAUCGAACGGGCAAGAGGUCAGUACCCGAACCUAAUGGUCUGAUGUUUUCCGGAGACAAAGCACGCCAAAAGCAGGAACUCAUCGCCAAAGGCAUGAAAUUCUUUGCAUAUGGAUUCGGCCCUGUCAGUAGGAAGAAACUUGUCAUCGAGGACGUCGCAGAGAUCGAUGACCAUGAGGAAGAGUAUGGAGAGUAUCAGGCUAAAAGGAUCGAAAUUCAGUCUAGGAAUGCGAACUUCUGGGAUUGGGGAAAACUGGAUGGAGAAAGUGCACUUGAUGAAUAUGCCGAAGCGAGAAAGGCAAAAAUCCGAAAGAAGGCAAAAGAUGAAGACACCGACUGAAAAUUUCACUCGCGAGCACGAUGUGGGUCAACACAUGCCGUUUCU